AUGUUUUCCUUCGGCCAAGCUCCCAAAGUCUCCAUCGAGGAAGCCCGUGAAAACAGGGCGAAGGUGAAGUCGAGCCUCACCACCUUCGUCACCGUCGUUGCCGUCUUCCGCGCCGUGCCUUUCGUUGUCGAAUACGUCAAGGAGCUCUUCCACUGCUUUCUUCGAAUGGGAGCUCCCGAUUCUGAUUGCGGCUCUGAUUUUUGGGUCGAAAUGGUCGAAAUGACGGAAAGUGGUCCCGAUCUGCGGAGAUUGGGUUGUUGGCGUCGAGGCAACGCUUUAUUUCGCUGCCGGAUGGGCAUCUCCGACUUGUGGAGUAGCAGGGGCGUUGGAGUUUGGUCAUGCUUGGAUUUCAGCUCACAGGGGAACAUCACCAGCACACACCAUGUUGGUUGUUCCGUUGAAAUAGAGGCGGACAAGACGGGAGUUCAACUGGAUUUACCUCGCAGUAAGGUGAACGGGGCCGCUGCUUGGGACUCCUCCUCCUUCCCCGGCGCAACACCAAGGUUGAAUAUGGGUCUGCAGACAUUGAAUAUCGAAGCACUCAGAUCAAGGCGGCCAGUCGUGACGCGGAGAGACCGAAGGAGACAAACUUUGAUCAUCGGGUAG